AUGUCGACACGAUUGGACCGUUUGGUCCUUCUUCUGGACACAGGAUCUACGCCCGCUGUACGUGCAACGGCUGCUCAACAGUUGGGAGAGAUCCAAAAGCAACACCCUGGAGAGCUACAUAACCUGUUAUCAAGGGCGCGUACAUUUUAUCAGGUUAUCGUACAUUUGAGCAAUAAAGAAUGGGACACUCGAAUUGCCGCUGGACAAGCGAUCGAGGCCAUUGCUAAAAAUGUACCGCAAUGGGACCCUCCUGAAAUUAUUAAAUCAGAAAACGAACCAUAUUCUGUAAACAAAACAAAUGAUAAUAAAUAUUCAUUUGAAACAUUUGAUAUUGCAAGUGUAUUGCAGAAAGGGAAAACUUUGUUGGGUUCAGCUGGCAAGGAAUAUGAUCUUGACUUAAGUGAUCUAGAUCCCGCACAACGAUUGGCGCUUCAACAUAAAAACCUUAAAGAACGAUUAGGGUUAGGUAGCGAAUUCAUGGAUGUUGAUUUGUUGGAUGAUGUGGAUAUAAGUGGAGCUUCAGCACCACAAACCACACAACUACAAAAUACAGAGUUUGUAGCCCAACCCCAACUUCUCCAACAUCCUCAACCUCCUCAACCUCGCUCUCCUGGAUUACCUUCAGAAGAAACGUCUGGGUUAAGUGCACGAGAAAGAAAUAGAUUAAAGAGAAAAGCAAAAAACGAUGCUAAAAACAAAGGGAAAGAAAAAAUGCGUGUAGUGGAAAUGAGUGGAAGAAGAGCAGGCGCUGAAGCUACAACACCACUUGUAGCCCCUAUUUCACCAUCUAACGUAAAAGCUGAACCUGAUGGAUUACCUGAUUCUACACAAAAUGAUGGUUACUUUAAUUUUACUCCACAACCCUGUUCUAGCAAGAUUGUGGUUGAGGCUAAAAAAGACAUUGCUUCUAAUAUAUCUGAAGAACUGUCCAAUGAAUGGCCCUUUGAAAAAGUGUGUGAAUCAUUAUGUGUGUCUUUGUUUAAUUCAUGUUGGGAAGUUAGACACGGUGCAUGUAUUGGACUGAGAGAAAUAUUAAAAGUACAUGGACACGGUGCAGGUAGAGCUGAAAAUGAAGCCCGCCAUAAUAAAUGGUUGGACGAUAUAGCAAUUCGGUUGCUAUGUGUUUUUGCUUUAGAUAGAUUCGGUGAUUUUGUAUCUGACCAGGUUGUUGCACCUGUACGUGAAACGUGUUCGCAGACUUUGGGAGCUCUUUUACAUUAUAUGUCACCUCAGGGUGUAGAAAAUGUACAUUUGGUAUUAUUGAGAAUGAUUUAUCAAACAGAUAUACUUGAUGGUAAGACAUCAAUAUGGGAGGUUCGACAUGCUGGAAUGUUAGGUUUGAAAUAUGCUGUUGCAGUCCGUAAGGACUUGGUGAAUAUGAUGUUGGAUGGUACCGUAGGUGCUGUUAUUUUAGGAUUAAAAGAUAGUGAUGAUGAUGUUCGUGCAGUAGCUGCGUCAAUCUUAAUUCCAAUUGCUGAUUCUUUUGUUAGUCUUUCAUACAACAAGAUACCUGAAAUAGUUUCAGUUUUGUGGGAUUGUCUGAAGGAUUUAAAGGAUGAUUUAACUGCAUCCACAGCAAGUGUGAUGGAUUUCUUAGCUAAAUUAUUUUCAUUUCCAAGUGUGUUGGAAUAUAUGCGCCAUGCUGCUGCAUCAGAUCCAAGUCAUUCUUUAACGACAUUAAUUCCGCGUCUAUAUCCAUUUUUUCGGCAUACCAUUACUUCUGUUCGCUCAGCAGUCCUUAACACUCUUUUAACUUUUUUGGGUAUGAAUAGUGCAGAAGAAUGGGUUGAUGAUCGUACUUUUAGGCUUGUGCUUCAGAAUAUGAUAGUCGAGGAAAAAAAGGAGGUCCUCGAUCUAUCCGUCCAAGUUUGGUCAGAAUUGAUGUCUCAAAACCAACUCAUUCAAUUUACGUCUCCAUAUAUACGAACUUGGUUCACGAUAAUUAUGACACCUCUAGGAACUCCAAUUGAUCGACGGUUAUUUUACGUUCCCGAAGGAACAAUCCCAAUGGAUAUAAUUUCUACGACAAUGUCAACCACCACUACAUCGACUUCACGUCGGCGUGGGCAAGGUCGUAACCAAGCAAGUAACGGCAAUGAGGAUGAAUCAGUUGGACAUAAUAUUGAUGCUGGAAUGUUACAACAGGAUUUUGCGUUAGUUAGUGUAGAUACAGUGCUAAGAGGCAGAGUUUCUGCUUCUAAAGGAUUGGGCAUGCUUAUGAGUAGAUGGCCACAUGAAUCAUUGGAAGCAACAUUUAAGGAAAUCCUUAUGGCAUGUCUUUCAUCUACAUGGGCUUCAAAUAAACAACUUUCUGCAGUCAUUAUUGAGGAAUGGUCCAGAUCAGUUUUAGAUCAUAGCGUUCAAAGCUUUCAAAAUUCAUUGGUUGAGACUUCGUCAUUUGCUUUGAAUAUCUCUGAAUUUAUGGUUCAAAUGCUUGAAUCCGAUCCACCAACCUUCUAUUCAGAGCUUGUUACUAUAUUACGCCGUAUUAGAGGCGAAUGCCAAGCUUUGCUGAACACUUUUGUUUCCGUGGGGAGGAUCAAUUCAGCUACUGUACCAGCUUUACCGAUACAUGUUCUUGGUGAAGGAGUACAGUUAGAUGCAUCACAAUUAUUUAGUGUUGAAAUGGCGGCAGAGAUUGCGACAACAACAUUUAAUAAUUUAUCUGCUCAAGUUUCCGGGAGAAGUAGAAGGUCUGCGCAAGUCCAACCAGAAGAAAGACAGUCGCAAUUACAGGAUCGCCAGCGUCGUGUGCUAGCAUCAAUUGGUUAUUAUGAGUCUACAAAACAAAAAAAUGACAUUAUAGUAUUUGCUGCUAUUGCAGGUGCUGUUGUAGCAUUACGAGUUUUACCUCCAAAAUUGAAUCCAAUAAUAAGAUCUAUAAUGAAUUCUAUUAAGUCUGAAGAGAAUUUGGGGUUACAACAACGUUCUGCGGCUACGUUAGCCAGCCUUGUAUCUCUUUGUUCAGCAGCAGCAGAUAGUUCAGUUAGAGUUAAUCCCAACGAUAAAAUUGUUAAAAAUCUGUGUACCUUCCUCUGUUCUGAUCCGACUACUACUCCUGAUAUACAGAACAAUCACAAAAAGGAAGGUAUUCUAUCAUUACUUAAAGCUAAAGAACCAGACAAGACUUCUUCAAAUGGCGAUACGUCAGGAGAGGACGAGAAGCUUAAAUCACAGAGAUUAAUAAGGCGUGGUGCUGAAACAGCACUUAGAGAGUUUGCUACGCAGUUUGGUCAAAGGUUAUUUGAAGUGGUGCCAAAAUUAUGGACCUGCAUGUGUUCAUCAUUAGACAACGUAUUUAGUCAUGACGAUGAUGAUAAUAUAGGCAUGUCACUUAAAACAAAUAACAGUAUAGGACAAGACGUUAUUGAUUCUCUUCAAAUAAUUCAAUCAUUAGUUCCUGUGGUUCAUGAAAAUUUAUAUUCAAAGAUUACGGAAUUGCUACCUCAUAUUGUCAAAGCUAUUCAAUGUCAAUAUUCUGUAAUUCGGUUCAUGGCUGCAAGAUGUUUCGCUACUAUAGCAAGCGUAAUCACAAUACCAAGUAUGCAAAUAAUAAUCCAUCAAGUAAUACCUUUAUUGGGUGAUUCACAAAACGUAAUACAUCGUCAAGGAGCAGCCGAGUUAAUUUAUCAUGUCGUACAAACUAUGGAUGCAAAAAUUCUGCCAUACGUUAUUUUCUUAAUUGUUCCAAUUUUGGGUAGAAUGAGUGAUGUAGAUGAAAACGUUCGAUUAGUUAGCACGAAUUGUUUUGCUAUGUUGAUCAAAUUAGUUCCUUUAGAGGCUGGUAUACCUGACCCACCUGGACUAUCAACUGAAUUAUUAAAGCACCGUGAUGAUGAACGCAGAUUCCUUUCACAACUUCUUGAUAGUAAUAAAUUGGACCCUUAUGAAAUUCCAAUAAAUAUCAAAGCUGAAUUAAGGAAAUACCAGCAAGAAGGCGUCAAUUGGUUGGCCUUUUUGAACAAAUAUCAAUUACAUGGCAUAUUAUGUGAUGAUAUGGGUCUAGGUAAAACUCUUCAAUCCAUUUGUAUUUUGGCGAGCGACCAUUAUUCUCGUUCUGAGAAAUAUAGUCAAACAAAGUCUCCAGAUUGUGCCCCUUGCCCAUCUUUAGUUGUUUGCCCCCCAACUUUAACAGGACAUUGGUAUCAUGAAAUAUUGAAUUAUACAGAUACAUUAAAGCCACUUCUGUAUUCUGUUCGCAACGAUAUUGAUGAUUUGGCCAAUAUAAAUUGGAAUUAUUGUAUCCUAGAUGAAGGCCACGUUAUCAAGAAUGGUAAAACAAAGAUAACAAAAGCGGUCAAAUCUGUAAGGGCCAAUCAUCGAUUGAUAUUGUCUGGCACUCCAAUACAGAAUAAUGUACUAGAAUUAUGGUCACUUUUCGAUUUCUUAAUGCCCGGAUUUUUAGGUACCGAAAAACAAUUUAAUGAACGUUUUGGUAAGCCUAUACUGUCAAGCAGAGAUAGUAAAAGUUCCUCAAGAGAACAGGAAGCUGGUGCUUUGGCACUUGAAGCCUUACAUAAACAGGUACUUCCAUUCUUGCUGAGGCGCUUAAAGGAGGAUGUUUUGAACGACUUACCUCCGAAAAUCAUACAAGAUUAUUAUUGUGAACUUAGUGAUUUACAGAAACAACUUUAUGAACAAUUUGCUAAAUCACAAGCUAAAAGCAGUGUUGAAAGUGAACUUGGAUCGGAGGAACCUAUUGAAGAAGAAGGCGAAAAGAAAGCUACACAUAUAUUUCAAGCAUUACAGUAUUUGCGCAAGUUAUGCAAUCAUCCUUUAUUAGUAAUGAAUGAUAAACAUCCACAAUACCGCGUUGUCAUGGACAAACUCAAGUCUAGUAGAUCAUCGUUGCAUGAUUUGGAAAAUGCUCCAAAAUUGCUAGCUUUGAAGCAACUAUUACUUGAUUGUGGUAUAGGAGCGUCUACAGAAUCUGAAGAAGGUACUUUGGGUGCCGGUGCAGUCAGUCAACAUCGAGCACUUAUCUUCUGUCAGCUUAAGACGAUGCUUGACAUUAUUGAAAAUGAUUUAUUUAAGCCAAUAAUGCCUUCGGUCACAUAUAUGCGACUCGAUGGUUCAGUGGAUGCCAAUAAACGUCACGGAAUUGUACAACAAUUUAACAAAGAUCCAUCAAUUGAUGUGCUAUUACUUACUACACACGUUGGCGGGCUUGGGCUCAAUUUAACAGGAGCCGAUACAGUUAUUUUUGUUGAACAUGACUGGAAUCCAAUGAAAGAUUUGCAGGCUAUGGAUCGUGCUCACCGAAUUGGGCAAAAGAAGGUAGUCAAUGUAUAUCGACUAAUUACUAAAGGAACAUUGGAAGAAAAGAUUAUGGGAUUACAGAAAUUUAAACUUAAUAUCGCAAAUUCCAUUGUUAAUCAACAAAAUUCUGGACUACAAAGUAUGGACACUGAACAAAUACUUGAUCUGUUCAAUGUAACUACCGAUCAUAACAACAGAAAUCAAAAAGGAGGAAAUUCAUCUACAAGCGGUACAGGAUCUGGUUUUGCGAAAGGAAAGAAAAUAUCUGCUACGAAAAAUGUUUUGGAAGGGUUAGAAAAUUUAUGGGACGAUACACAGUAUGAAGACCUAAAUUUGGAUAAUUUUAUUGAAUCUCUUAAUUCCGGAAGUUGA